UGCCUAUAGCCUGUGUAUGAAAAAUAAAACGUAGGCUACUCAGUUGACAAAGACACACUAAAACACGAUAAACCCAUAUGCCAAGAACCUGAAUUAGACUGAUCUAUUUGUCAUUUUCUCAUCAACAUGAAAAUCAAAUAAAACAACUGACAUAUUGGCUACUUGAUAUAGGUAAACACAGUGUCUAAAUAGUUGGCAAAUAGAAUGUUUGUGUGGGCUAACAACGAUUGUGCAGUUUAUUUCUUGGUUUUAUUUUUUAGGCUAGUUUUGUCAGAAAGAAAUUGUAAUGAACUGGCUAUGUGCCACCUCAAGCUGUAUACUGGUAUAGCUAAGUCAGAAUUAGAAUAGCUGAAAGGCUGCACACAGUUUGAACAAGUCAAAUUAAAUACACGUUUACGUUAGAAUGCAUUAUUUUUUCUUCUCACGGUGAUACAAUUAUGGUGAAAUGUAUUUUUAUGCCAGUACAACGCGCAUGGGCUAAGCAAUGUUGAGUUAUAGGCUUGAGCGUCAACAAAUCACAGACUACAUAUCCCGUCAUUCCAUCCACAUGACAAUCCCUAAAUAGGUUUAAGUGCGCUUGAGAGAGGAUAAGCUCAGAGAAAGUCGGAAAGACGGAGCGACAACGAGCCGUCAUGCCUCUCAAAAGAGAAGAUACGGAACGUGCCCUCCAGGCGAUGGAGGCUUGCCAGUCGGUGGCUGAUGAGGGUUUCAGAGGUAGAGCAGAGAAACUGCUGCAUAUCUUCCAGAGUGACCUAUUCCAGGCCCUGCUGGAUAUCCAGGAGUUCUACGAGCUCACCGUGUUUGAGAACCAGAAUUCUACUAGACCUCACACACCAAGCCUGAAGUACCGUUACCAAGAUGAGGAGACUCCACCACUGGAGCAUAGUCCGGCCCACCUGACUCCGGGAAAGAGUGGAGAGCUUCUGCAUCUCAGCGACUCUGGUCACGCUCCAAUCGACGGUCUCCACGGCUACGCAUCUCAUACACACCUAUCGCCUAGCAAGCCCGUGUUGUUACCAGGCAGCCAAACUCCUUACUACGCUACCUCCACUCUGGCUUCAGGUCCUCUGGUAAACACCAACACUCUAGAUGGCUCUCCCUACAUGAAUGGGAUGGACGGGGAAGUUGAAUAUGAGGAAAUUACACUGGAGAGGGGGAACUCUGGUCUGGGUUUCAGUAUAGCAGGAGGGAUCGAUAAUCCUCACAUAGGAGAUGACCCCAGCAUCUUCAUCACCAAGAUCAUACCAGGGGGAGCUGCCGCUCAAGAUGGCAGACUGAGGGUGAACGACAGCAUUCUGUUUGUGAACGACGUGGACGUGCGUGAGGUCACCCACAGCCUGGCCGUGGAGGCUCUGAAGGAGGCGGGCCCCAUCGUGCGCCUCUACGUGCUGCGCCGCAAGCCCAUCUCCGAGAAGAUCAGCGAGAUCAAACUCAUCAAGGGGCCCAAAGGCCUGGGGUUCAGUAUAGCUGGCGGUGUGGGCAACCAACACGUUCCGGGAGACAACAGCAUCUACGUCACUAAGAUCAUCGAGGGCGGAGCCGCGCACAAGGAUGGACGGCUACAGAUAGGGGACAAAAUACUGGCUGUGAAUAAUGUAUCGUUAGAGGACGUGAUGCAUGAGGACGCUGUGGCGGCCCUUAAGAACACAGCGGAGGUGGUCUACCUGAGGGUAGCAAAGGCUCCCCACCUCUACCCUGGGGACGCCUACAAUCCCCCAGAUAUCACCUCGUACUCUCCACAUAUGGAUGACAUGGGCCACCCCAACUACCUGACCUCUGAUUACCCACAAACCCUUUCUCCCACCACGCCACGCCGCUACUCGCCCAUCCCCAAGGGGCUCAUGGGAGAGGACGACAUCCCCAGGGAGCCGCGGCGUGUGCUGAUCCAUCGGGGCUCCACAGGGCUGGGCUUCAACAUUGUGGGUGGUGAGGAUGGCGAGGGCAUCUUCAUCUCCUUCAUCCUGGCAGGGGGACCGGCCGACCUGAGCGGGGAGCUGCGCAAGGGUGACCAGAUCCUCAGCGUGAAUGGGGUGGAUCUUAGGCAUGCAACUCACGAGCAGGCAGCUGCAGCACUGAAGAACGCCGGCCAGACGGUCACCAUCAUCGCACAGUACAGACCUGAAGAGUACAGUCGGUUUGAGGCGAAGAUCCAUGACUUGAGGGAACAGCUGAUGAACAGCAGCAUGGGAUCAGCAACAACAUCAUUACGGUCCAAUCAGAGAAGCUUUUACAUCAGGGCUCUGUUUGACUAUGAUAAGACGGCCGACUGUGGCUUCCUGAGCCAGGCCCUGGGCUUCGGCUUCGGGGACGUGCUGCACGUGAUGGACUGCUCCGAUGAGGACUGGUGGCAGGCCCGACGUCUCAGCCCCCACGGUGAGCUGGAGGAGGCCGGAUACGUGCCCAGCAAGAGGAGAGUGGAGAGGAAGGAAUGGUCGCGAAAGUCCAAAGAACGGGCUGGCCAAGGGAGAGAUGACUACAUCCAGAGCUAUGAGGCGGUCACUCAAAUAGAAGUGCACUACGCCCGCCCCAUCAUCAUCCUGGGCCCUACUAAGGACCGCGUCAACGACGACCUGCUGUCAGAGUUCCCUGACAAGUUCGGCUCCUGUGUCCCACAUACGACUCGGCCGAAGAGGGACUACGAGGUGGACGGGCGGGACUACCAUUUUGUGUCGUCGCGGGAACAGAUGGAGAAGGACAUCCAGAGCCACCGCUUCAUCGAGGCGGGCCAGUACAACAGCCACCUGUACGGCACCAGCGUGCAGAGUGUCAGGGAGGUGGCUGAGCAGCAAGGGAAGCACUGUAUUCUGGACGUGUCUGCUAACGCUAUCAGGAGACUGCAGGCCGCACAGCUCCAUCCCAUCGCCAUCUUCAUCAGACCCACCUCCCUGGAGAACAUACUGGACAUUAAUAAGCGCCUGACGGAGGAACAGGCGAGGAGAGCUCUGGACCGUGCCAUCAAGCUGGAGCAAGACUUCAUCGAGUGUUUCACAGCCAUUGUGGAGGGUGAAAGCUUUGAGGAGAUCUACCACCGCAUCAAGUCAGUGAUCGAGGACCAAUCAGGGCCUUACAUCUGGGUGCCCACGCGAGAGAGACUCUGAGGAGACAGAGGAGAAAGAGUGAAAGAGGGGGACAGAGAGAGGGAAGGAGAGAGAGAGAGAGAGAGAGAUAGAAGGGAAAGAACAUGAGAUGAAAGUAUGAUAGGAAAUAAGUCAUAGAAAGACACACAGGCAGAAAUGAUUCUGUCUGUUAUUUGCCUUCCAGAUGCUCUGUCUUUCUCUUUCUCUUUCUCUGUCACUCUCUUUGCUGUGUUUUUAUUCUGGACACUGUCCCUCCCUCUCUCCGAAUGUCACUCGGCACCGUCACCCUGGUCCAUUUUGGUAAAAUGGACACAGAAACUAAUUCUCUGUCUGGACAUUCUGACAGAGUGACCCAAAUAUGAAGAACUGAUCUGAUCGAGGACAGAGGAGCGGACUGUGUGCCCGUGCAGGGCGAAGAGGAAGGGGGGAGGAAGAGGAGGAACGAGGGAGUUCUGUUUUCACACUGUGGGCGUCUGGAUUAAAGAGGAAGAUCUUAUUGCAGGACGGAGAAGACUUUGUGUUGGAGAGCGUGUGAGCUGGCCAAACACAUGUACACACGUAAAAUGGUUAUAUGCUACAUGCCAGCGCGCGCACACACACACACACACACACACACACACACACACACACACACACACACACACACACGUACACAAAAAUACUUACAU